UGCGAUUAUAAUCUAAAAAUUUUAGAUUGUAAUGCUCGCUUCGGCGGUACUGCACAUGAUGCAUCCAUAUGGAGAGCCAGCGCCUUACGAGUGCUUCUUACUCGAAAGUACAAAAAUGGGGACCGAAAUUUCCGGUUAAUAGGAGAUAGCGGUUAUCCCCUCUUACCCUUUUUGAUGACACCUGUUCGAGGAAAUACUUUAUCGACGGCACAUAACAAUUAUAAUGUGCAACAUCGAAAGGCGAGAAAUUGCAUUGAGCGUUGUUUCGGAUUAUUAAAAAGUAGAUUUCAUUGCCUUAGCAGCGAAAGAACUUUAAUGUAUGAUCCUGAAACAGCGGGCAAAAUUGUUAAUUCAUGUUUGGUGCUACAUAACUUCAUUAUUAAACAUAAUAUAAUGAACGAAGUUAUUGAUGUUGACUGCGCAGAAAACACGGACGAAGAAAUAAAUGAAGAUAAUGACUUUGAAGCACAAGAACCCGUCCCUGAAGCAUUUCUAGUAAGAGAAGAAAUAAUCAAUAAU